AUGGCAUAUGUAGCUGUGCCAUACGUCCCGGGACUCAGUGAAAAACUAGAGAAAAUUCUGAGAAAACACGACACAAAACUUGCUUUCAAGCCAAAAGAUAAAAUAAAAAACAGAAUUUUCUCCAAACUGAAAGACCCGAUCCCACCAGGGAAACAGAAGAACGUGGUGUAUUCGAUUCCGUGUGGAACAGGCGAUGGCAAAACGUAUGUAGGACAAACGGGGAGAAGGCUGGAAACGAGAGUAGCGGAGCACAAGAACGACGCGAAGAAAAAAGAUGCGAGAACUGGUUUAGCCCAACACACAUUGCAAGAAGGACACAUCUUCGAUUUCGACAACACCCGGAUACUGGAACGAAUCGAAAACCAGGAGAGCAGACUAACUGCAGAGAUGUUUCACAUCAAAAUUCUCAGCGAGGAAAAAACGGUGAACCUACAAAGAGAAUGUGGAACGUUCUGCACAACAUACGACGGUCUGGUCACCAAGCUUCGACAGUGUUUGAGAUGCGUGAUAUAA